AGAGCAGACGUAGCAGUGCCGGCGGACAUCAACGACGAGCAGGCGGAGUCCCUCGACGAGAGAGGAUAGACAUGGUGCGAGCCUUCCACAUGGCGUGGAGCUUUGCCACCGUGUGGUAACCGAUACGCUCCAUCGGUCGUUCACGAAGUGUUGGGUUUCAAAAAAGAAAUUUUUCUUUCGGAGAAUCGGGAGAAUCAGAUCGAGAGAUUGGAUAAUCUUCAGUGUAAGACUUGACAGGGUUAAAGAAAACAAGUGCAAGUGAAGAAAAAAAUGAAAAAAACGGUGACUUUUUAAAGAUACGAAAGAUAGGAGUCCUAAAGCUUGACAAUAACGGAACUAAGACAGUAUUUCGAAGAUUCGAACACGACUUUAUUAGUCAUCGAAGUGACAAAACCUUAUCAUGUCGCGAUAACGCACGACUACGCGAACAAGACGUUAUAUAGCUUCUUGCAAUAAUUUCGAGAGUACAACCGCAGGUUCGGUCUUUGCUGUUCUGAAUAUGUAGAUUACGAGUGCGCGGGCGUUUUGUGAUUGUGGAAUUGGAAGAUAAUCAACGACGAACAAUAUCUUGCGGUGAUAAAAGCAACCACCUGUCGCGACGGUACCUUCAAUUGUGUUAUGGUGCUGAGGACUACCUCGGUCAUACGAGGCAGACGAAGAGGUCGCAAGAGAGCGGGCGGCAGGAAUAGUGUCCUGGCUGGUUCCUCCUGAGAAAUCGCUCGCAUUGCUUCGAUCAGCCGAGGAGAAAUCCGGGAAGGUCACGUCUGUUGAAUCGGUGGCGAAAUCAGCGUGGUGAAGGAAUUUAUUAUAUCUUAUCUCGUUACAACCACCAAACGACGAGAUCACUUGAAUCCUUUGUGGAAAUGGAAAACGGAAUGAAGUCAAUGAGCAAAUUGGUUAAUUGAAAUAAAUUUACAUGAAUGCGCGAAUUUCUAAAUGAAACGUAUACCGUUUGCAGAAAUCAAUUGUCAAUAAACGGAGUCACGGAACUUUGCGCAUUUGAUCUCUAUCAAUUUCUAAUCGUUCAGUAAAACGAUGGAUAUAUCGAGGCCACAUCAUUGGCUUCUAGCUGCAGUCAUCCUGAGUCUUUCCUCGAGUUUGAUGACGAGCGAGAUAGAGCAAUUUACAAAAUCUGAUUCCUCGGUUAUCGAUAUGCGAAGAGACGAAACCAAUCAUACUGGGGUAGUGACAAUCCGCCGGCGAAGAUACGUGCGAUUUCCAACAGGAUCUGCUUAUCUCCUCGAGGCCAGUUCGACGCCACAUGGCAGGAAUUUUGGGUCGCAUCCGGUCACGCGUUUCAUUCCACAGACUCAAUUCCCAGGGUCGUGGAGACAACACAAGUCCUUCUGGAGAACUCCUGCCGAUUACAACAGGCCGGUGAUGUCCCAUCGGACACCACGACUGAUAUUCCGUGACAACGAUUUCCUGCCGCCGGUCGGAGGUGGCGCGACUUCCUUUUUUCCGCAGUCUAACCAAUUGCCAGAUUUCGAGGACGAUAUUAGAGAUCUCCGAAAACAGAUGCCAGAUGAUUACCCAAGAUUGGAAACAGAGAUGCGUCAACAAAAAAGACCGCUGUGGAAAGGCGACGAUACAUUGUGUGCGGAUGGACGAAGCUGCGAAUUUUUUCUAAUGUGCUGGAUGACUGCUGGCCUAUUGGACGGCAGCUGCGGCGGCAUUAUGUACGCGUGUUGUCAGCGGAAAGACCCCACUAAAGCUCUCACUGAUUAUAACCUGAUCGAGUCACCUAGAGAUCAAUCUCGGCCACUUCCACUGGAUUUGUACACGGAGUCCGACAGCGACGAUCGUUGCGGCAUACCAAUCGUUUCGAAACAAAUUGCGCAGAGGAGGAUCGUCGGCGGUGACGAGGCCGGUUUCGGCAGUUUCCCGUGGCAGGCUUACAUACGGAUUGGUUCUAGCAGAUGUGGCGGCACUUUGGUCAAUCGAUUUCACGUUGUCACUGCUGGGCAUUGCGUUGCAAAAGCGUCGGCGAGACAAGUCCAGGUUACUCUCGGUGAUUAUGUGGUGAAUUCUGCGACCGAAUCUCUGCCAGCUUAUACUUUUGGAGUUCGAGAAAUCAGAGUGCAUCCGUAUUUCAAAUUCACGCCACAGGCAGAUAGAUUUGAUGUGGCUGUGCUUCGAUUAGAUCGACCGGUUCAUUACAUGCCUCAUAUAGGGCCCAUAUGCCUACCAGAGAAAAAUGAAGAUUUUCUAGGGCAAUAUGGCUGGGCUGCGGGAUGGGGUGCUUUGCAAGCAGGUUCUAGAUUACGACCGAAAACGUUGCAAGCGGUAGACGUGCCCGUGAUCGAUAAUCGUCUCUGUGAGCGGUGGCAUCGGUCCAAUGGCAUCAACGUCGUCAUUCAUGAUGAGAUGAUGUGUGCCGGUUACCGCAGCGGCGGUAAGGAUUCGUGUCAGGGUGACAGUGGAGGUCCAUUGAUGUUGGAAAAAACUGGUCGAUGGUAUCUCAUCGGCAUUGUCUCCGCAGGUUAUUCCUGCGCACAGCCAGGCCAACCAGGGAUCUAUCAUCGGGUGGCCAAGACUGUUGACUGGAUCACGUAUGUCAUAAACUCGUAACGCGUCCUUAAUCGCGGAAGAACUAUUCUCAGGAGGAGAUAUCUUGAGAAUCCUGAAGAGCCGCGAACUUUGCAUGACACAAAGUUCGGGUAUCUUUUCAUGUCAGAGAAUGAUUUCCGGGAUCUAGAUCACGUCUGAGAAAUUAUUCUUCGAGUGAUCAGUCUGAGAAUCAACGUGACAAAAGAGUUUAACAAAAAGGUUAAUUUAAAUUGACUUCCAGAGAACCUAAAGAAAUUAAGGGGAUGCUGGAGCGACGAACUUCGAUCGAGAUUGAUAAUAUAGACCAUGAUGUAAGGAUAUCAGAGGUUUGUUCGCGUAUGCUCUAGCAUGUUUCAAUGUGCUUCUGCUAUAACUCACUUCAACGAGCGCGUUAGAGUGAGUAAAUACUAUGACAGGAGCAUUUUAAAGCAUGUUAGAGCAUGCGACGCGAACAAACCUCAGGUAUUCCGUUGUGCAUAAUGGCGAUAAUACUGGAAACAACUCAUCAAAUUUUUGCUCAAAUUGACUUUCCUACGUACAAUAGCGUUGGCAUAUUGAAACAGCCAAUUAAAUUUUUGCCCAAAUUUAUGCUGCUAUUGCGCAAGUACGGAAAUGAAACACCUGGUAUUCUUACAUCAUGCAAUACAGACUUUUUUUUAAUUCUAAAUUCGAUAUCGAUCGAAUCUUUUAUUCAUUUCUUAUAUUUAUUAUAUAUCGUUGUGUGUCAAACGCAUUCAUCUGUCCUUCUAAUAGAGAUUCUGUAACAUAGACAUAGUAUCUCUAGACCGAGCAUUCGAGGAGUGGAGGAAGUCCUCAUUUAGAAAAGGACGCACUGUUAAAAUACGUCACGGGCAAUAAGUGAGGACAAUACCUGAAGAAACCCAUCGAGUUGAUCAAUUAACCGAAUUGUGCAAUUGUAAUUUGUUAAUUUUCUUCUUUGUUCAAAAUCUCGAAGCGAUUUCUAAUCUUUUUGACACAGGUUUUACUCAUUUGCUUGUAGCUAUUUAUCUUUUUUUUUCUUCGCACUCGUUUUCCGACAAGGAAAACGUACAAAAUUCGAACUAUUCGAAGAAUACCGAAUGGAUCAAAGUGGAGAAUCAAUCAGAAGUUGUAGCCACUAUCUAACAUAUUGCAAUGCCAUCUCUUGCAAGAUCGAGCAUCUACUGUUAGACAUAAUUAUUUAGACUUUAUUUACCAUUUCGAGUCUCUCAGCAUUCAUAUCAUAGAGCUUAUACAAUUAAAGAGGGAAUACUUACAUUGAGCUGUAAGCAAGAUCUAAAGGACAGAAAUAUUUUUCUAUCCAUUUCUAUCCUCUUUGGCACAUGCGCAGAAAGAAGAAAAAUUACUGAGCAGGACAGAAUAUACAUUUUCUGUCUCUGAGAUCUUGCUAACACUUUCCACUCAUUGGAUAGACCAUUCUCCUUACAGUAAUAUAAGCUCUAUGAUAAUUCAUAUGCACGUAAUUUGCAGAUUGAUAUAAAUUUUUCUUUUUAAGCUUACUCACAUUACUCACAUUACAGUCUUAAUAAAUUUAUUAUUGCUUUUAAUCUUAAUUUCAUGAACUCAGUAUUGUUUGUGCACGUAAAGCAUUGGGUGCUGCAUUGUCGUUUUGUCCAUAGGAGCUGCACGUUUGCAUUAAAGAAACAUCUACGUCAGGUAACAGCUCUACGAGUUGAAAAAAACGUAAGUUUUUAACUUUUUUUUCGAUUUUAGUAUAAAGCCCACUGCAGCACCGUCAAAUUUUGCGUCUACUUUAAUCCUGUAAAAGAAUUUUUGAAUUCAAUAUAUUCGAAGAUUUAUAUCGAUUUGUAAUGUCCCCACAAUUUAAUCAUUUCAGCAUCCCCUUAAAGCCAUUUUACUUUACACGAAUGUAAAAGUACCGUAAAUAUAGAUAACUUGGAAUAGCAUGUAUUUUUGUUAAAUUCAAUCACACAUGAAUGAAUAUCACAAUUAAAUUUAACAAAAAUACAUGCUGUCCCAAGUUACCUACACUGUCCCAAGUCACCCACAUUUACAGUAAUUUAGAGUGAAAUCUAUAUGUCGUACAGUGGAGCAGAAAUCGAAGAACGCGUGCAUAAAUAGAAAACUCGAGUUCUAAAUAAAGAAAUUACAUCAAACUUUAUAUAGGUAUAUAUAUAUAGGUUUGAAAAGUAACUAAUUAUAAAUCUGAUGUCUAAAUAAAAGGAUUAAAAAUAACGGAUAUAACAAGACAGCAAGAAAUUUUACAAUUAAACGUAUAGGGUGUCCUAGAAUGACCAAAUAUUUCGUAUACUGAUAGAGCGGACUAAAUUGAGUCGAAAAGUCCUUACCAUUUUGCAAUUUUUGCAAUA